AUGGAGCCCGACGCGCCGCUCGACUACGCGCUCUUCCAGCUCUCGCCCCGCCGCUCCAGGUGCGAGCUCGUGGUGUCCGGCAGUGGGCGGACGGAGAAGAUCGCGUCGGGGUCGGUGAAGCCGUUCGUGACCCACCUGCGCGCCGCGGAGGAGCAGGCGGCGGCCCAACCGCCGCAGCCGGCCAUCCGGCUGCAGCUGGACCGGCGCGCCGCGUGGUUCAGCAAGGGCACCCUCGAGAGGUUCGUGCGCUUCGUGAGCACGCCCGAGGUGCUGGAGAUGGCGAAUACAUUUGAUGCAGAAAUGUCGCAGCUAGAAGGGGCUAGGAAGAUUUACGCGGCACAGGGAACUGCUGUAGGUGCUACUCCGGGUGCAGCUGCUGAAGCCUCAGCAGCAGCUGCAGACAUUACAAAGAAGGAGCUUCUUAGAGCAAUCGAUGUCCGUUUAAGUGCACUUAAACAAGACCUUGUAACGUCUUGUGCCCGGGCAUCGUCCGCAGGGUUCAACCAUGACAGUGUCUCUGAGCUUCUCCAUUUUGCGGACCACUUUGGUGCCAGCAGGCUGAGCGAAGCAUGCAACAAAUACAUGUCACUUUGCCAGCGUCGUCCAGACAUCAAUCCUCAGCAUUCACCCCCAGCACCUUCAUCACACUGGAAGAGCUUCGAAGAUGGGGAUCUUCGUGACUCCUGCAGUUCAGACAUGUCUAUAGAUGAGCCACAGGCUGAUCAUGGUGGAUCCAGCAAUAGAUCUACAAGUUGUGGUAGUGUCCCUUAUAUCGAUAGAUUAGGCAACAGCCAACAUUCAGUUGAUGUUCCAUCAGGAUCGAGCGCUGAACAGCAAUCCAAGCCAACCAUCCAGCAGACAGUAGAUAAACAAGAAAACGAAACUGAUGCUCCUCCUGCUCCUGCUAAAGAGCUUUCGAGGCGUUUGAGUGUGCAAGAUAGAAUAAGCAUGUUUGAGAAUAAGCAAAAGGAGCAAACUUCAACUUCUGGUAACAGCAACUCUGCAGGUACUGCUAAGGUGGUUCCAGUGAAAGGUGAGCACCGCAGGGUGCCUUCUGUUGCGUCCAUGGACAAGUUGGUAAGGAGGUGGAGCAGUGUCAGUGACAUGAGCAUUGAUCUGGGUAACAAUGAUAACAGUGGCUGUAAUGACAAAAGUGAAAAUGGAACUCCAGCUGGGACACCAACAUCUGCCUAUCUGGAGGCCAGUUCAAAAGUAAGAGCUGAUAAGGAUGCUAGUGCGGUGAAGAAUCCAGACACAUCUCAAUCUUGGUCACGUCAAAAGGAUGGUGACAAGUCCAAGGAUUCUACCACUACAAAUGCUUCUUCAUCCUCAACCUUUAAUACUACAUCUCCACCCUCAUUAUCAGCCAUUGUUACCGAGGCUCCUGAAAAGCAGACUGGGUCUUGUUCGGUAGAUGACAUGGCUAUAGCCUCUAGUACUGAGAGUGAGUUAUCCUUUGACAAGGAGCAGGGAGUUAACCAAGGACAAGGUGACACAAGGUUGUCAGAGCAUGUUGCUUCAAAUGUUUCCACUCAAAACCGACAAAAAACAUCUUCAAGGCCAGCGGCGGAAGCUUUCCCGAAACAUUAUGGUAGUUUAACUAGUCCAUCGUCAGAGGAUCAUGUCCAGAUAGAUAAGGAAAUAACUCCUGUUGCUCAUGAAGUACCAGUUGCAAGUGAACAGAUUGGACGUAAAGAUAGUAGAGGUUCUCGCCUUCGUUCAAAAGAGAUGCAUGCUGGAGCAGACGCGGUUGUGAAGAAGGAUCGAUCCUUUCGAUCAGUUGGGAAAGUGUCAAGUGGUGUCGAUCUCAAAUCAAAAGCCACAUCCAAUUCCCGCACUAAUGUUAGGGGUUCAUCUGGUAGGGACGAAGCUGGCUCUACAGAAUCUGAAGUUCAUGAUGCUAGCUCGCGGCGGAAAAGUCUACCACGGAAGGUAGAGGAUGUGCGGAGAAAGGUUGCUGUUGGGUCUGAAAUACUGCCUCAAUCGGAUUAUUCUAGUCGCCAGGGAUCAAAUUUGAGCAGACAAUCAUCUAAUGCUGAGCAGGAAUUGAGUUUGCUGGGAGGUAAAGUUAAACCAGUAAAUGAUGCAAAUGCUAUUCCCUUGGAGCAGACUAGGGCGACGAAACUGGCGAAGGGGAAUCAAGAUCGGCAUGAUGAACUGCAAAUGAAGGCCAAUGAGUUGGAGAAACUAUUUGCUGCACACAAGCUAACCACUUCCAGGAGAGGAAAGUCUACAGAUGCACAGGUUGAUGACACACCUAGGUUAAGUGAGGUAAAGCCUACACAGGUUCUUCCAGAGAAGAUUUGUAUGAAGCAAACUGUGAUGGAGAGUAACAACUUUGAUGCCAAUGAGCUUCUGAAGAUAGUGGACAACGAAGGGUAUAACAACAGCACACCAGAAAAACUUGGGAUGCUUAGCCUAGAAGAGUCACGGGGAAAAUUUUAUGAUCAAUAUAUGCAGAAGAGGGAUGCAAAACUAAAGGAGGAUUGGAAGCUGCAGAAAGAAGAGAAGGAAGCAAUAUUAAAGGCAAUGCAUGAAAGUCUAGAAAGGAGCAAGGCUGAGAUGCGGGCCAAAUUCUCUCGAUCUGCUUUACAAUCAGUUUCACGAAAUAAGGAUCAGGUAUUGGAUUCUACAUGGAUUAGUGCUGUACUUCAACAGAAAAUAGUAGGGGCAGAUUCUUUCCUGGUAGAAGAUGAAAUGAACAGUGACUACCUAUCUGGUGAUUGUUCUUCCAGGAGUGCUGAUUCCAGGAAGCAUUUUUCAAACAAAGUAGCUUACACACAAAAGAAAUCCAUUGAUCCUGUCCAUAGUCAUAAACAUUCGUCAAGAGCUGUAAGACCUGGUUAUGCAAAUCGCAGGAACCCACCAGAAAAUCCUCUUGCACAGUCAGUUCCCAAUUUCUCCGACUUCAGAAAGGAAAAUACAAAGCCAUCAGCUGGUCAUAGCAGAGCUACUGCAAGGGCUCAGCCAAAAGGUUUUUCCCGUAGUAAGAGCAUAAUUGAAGAGUCAAAGAGUAUUUUGAAUCAAGAUCAAUCAAGGGGGUCACAGUCUAUGAGAAAAGACUUAAAUGCUAGUGAAUUAAGGGACACUUCAUCAGUGAACAGGGAUAUUUACAACUGUGCUCCCUCAGGAAUUUCUAGUAACACCCAUAAAUCUGGUGUACCGAAGUCGUUUAUUAGGAAAGACAAUGGGACUCACCCUGUUGUCGGUAUAACCGGAUUUCGACAACCAAUGUUUGCAAGUGUCUUACAGGAUGAAGAUGAUGAUUUUCCAGAUCAGCAAGAGGAUUCCCCAGAUGAUGCCAAAGAUGAAGAAUACGAAAGCAUUGAAGAGAAUCUCAGGGAAAGUGAUUUUCCUGCUGAUUCAGACAGUGAGACUCCAAAACUGAGUCAGGAUUUUGGAAAUUCAGACGAUCCAGGAUCAGAAAAUGGCGAUGUUUCUUUUCCACGGGAAGCAUCCAGUACCAAGUUCAAUGCUUUUGCAAGAAACAUGCAUGAUUUACCUGGUGAAUUACCAGCCCCCUGGAGCUCGCAUCAUCCACACCUAUUGCCUUAUGCAAAUGAUACCUCGGAUGGUGAUGCUUUUGUCGAUUCACCAACCGGCAGUCCAUCACCAUGGAACUCUCAUUCGCUGGAUCAAAUAACAGAUGCUGAUGUUUCCCGGAUGAGAAAAAAGUGGGGCAGCGCUCAGAUGCCUUUUGGUGGUGCCAAUGCAUCUCAACAGCCACGUAAAGAUGUCCCAAAAGGGUUUAAGAAGCUGCUGAAAUUUGGGAGGAAGAAUAGGGGUGAUGGUUUAGUAAAUGACUGGGUUUCUGCUUCAACUGCCUCAGAAUGUGACGAUGAUAUGGAAGAUGGCCGGGAUCUGGCAAUAGGAUCCUCUGAUGAUUUCAGAAAGUCAAGAAUGGGCUAUCUUUCUUCAUAUGAUGGUUUUGUUGAGAACGAGGUUUUGACUGAACAAGAACAAUCGCUGCGCAGCUCCAUUCCAACCCCCCCUGCAAAUUUUAGACUGAGGGAGGAUCAACUGACUGGUAGCUCAAUUAAAGCACCACGUUCAUUCUUCUCCCUGUCGACAUUCCGGAGCAAAGGAGGCGAUGCUAGGCUAAGGUGA